AUGCAGUCGGGAGGCUUGUACCAGUCAUCCUUCCGUUCCUAUUGCUCGUGUCCCUAUCCUAGUUGCAUGGAUGGCAGAAACGACACGGAGCAUGUUUGUCCUUCUUCGCUUUCGUACCAGAAAUCCAGCGAAUCUCAUUUGAGAUUGCAAGCCAGUUCGCUCCUGCAAAUCCCUGGAGAUCCAAGGUUCUACUCAAAAGCAGAACGGUCUGCUUUUCUUCCAUCUACCUCCUUCGGCGUCAUUUCCCGGCCAACGAGUUUUUAUUUUCCAGCUUCAUCUCACUGUUUUGCAACAAGCCAGCAGUUGUUUUAUCCGUUCAGCGAGACAUCACAUAGCAGACAACAUGGUAGGUAAAAACCUAACUAAAUAAGUUUUCUUUUUUGCAAACUCGAUCCCCACUAUUAAUGCAGUGCAUCCCGUUUUAUUAAAAAAAAACUCGUCGUUCAGGUUAAGAUUUAUACCACCUACAUGCGUUGACGCUCUUUUCAGGCUUCGCAUUGAUGCCAGUGUGACAAACCGCAUGUUCAAAUCUAUUCUUUAAUUGUUUCGUCUAUUAAAGAAGCCUUAGAAUCAAAUCGCGAGCAAAUUAUUGCGUGCUGCGUUAUAUUAAAAAUAAGUUGUAAGAUUUCUCGUUCGGUGUUUGAACAUUAUUUUACGGGUUAUUGUUUUUUGUACAUUUUUUUCAAACAUAAUCAAAAGUAAUUGUUCGUUAAUUUAUUCGUGUUUGAUCAAAAGAGAUCAUAGAAGACUGAUUUAGACUACGUAACAAAACGACUAUCUGCUUAUCAAUACAAGAUAUAACCUAAAUACUCUUGGUUUAGAGGGUCGAUUCAAAUUUAGGUUUUUGUGUAAUCAUUAGCAUUUUUCUUAGCUAAAAAUUCAUGGCACGCCAGGUUAACUGCCGCAAAAUAAGUCAGUGUACAUGGUGUAGGGCAAGUAACGCAACUUAUGAACAUUCGAUUCAUGGAUUCAAUAAAGUGCUUUCAAAGAAAGAAAUUCACUUGACUACAUUGUGACAACAAGACAAUUGAAUAGAUAAUCGAAGUUGUAGAACGCAAAUUAAUAUCUAAUCAUUCUUAAAUAUACACUACAUAAACCGUAGUAAGAGGGCGAUAACCUUUUAUUUUUAUUAAAUUUGUUUAACUUUCAAGAAAACAAUUUCCGAUGUAUAGUUGUAAUGUUCAAGUUAUACUGAAAUACUAGCAAAUUUGAUGAGUCGUUUAGUCCGGAAUAUAAUUGACGUUCAAUAUGUUCAAAACAUACAGGCAUGAUAGUAAAUAAAUGACGAUAUUUAUCACGGUGGUUUCUUUACGAAUCAUAGCCGUAGUCCGUUACUUUUCUCAGAGCGUACGCAGGUGACAUUUUCCCUUUUCGUGGAGGGGUCACACGCGUGAUUUCGCUCGAGCUUGCUGUUUUUGCUUGCUCUCUUGAAAAUUUAAGUUUCAGUCUUAGCGUUUAUCCCUAAAUCUACUCAACUCCUUAUCUUUUAUCCUUUUCACAGGCAGUCUUACCGUGGGACUAAGAGAAAAACCAGAAGCAAAGAAACGUCGCAAGCGAACCAUAUUCACCUCUGAUCAGCUGAAAAGACUGGAGUCAGCUUUCGACAGGCAACAGUAUUUGGUCGGCACUGAAAGAGAACGCCUAGCGCGAGAGUUAAACUUGUCAGAGACCCAAGUCAAGAUUUGGUUUCAGAACAGGAGAAUAAAGUGGAGAAAGGAACAUUUGUAUGCUGGACACGCAGACCAAAUACAGUACGAAAGAGAGAAUUUGCAGGAGGAAAAAUUUGAUUAAACUCCGUUUUGAACAGUAAUACCGCGCGUGUAUGCGAUUGUCCUGAAUAUCUUGAACUUUGGCGCGCUUAUAUUUCAAUUUAGUUUCAGUUACUUAAGUUAAUAUACUGAGAAGCUUUGCCAUUGCGGCGAGUAACUUGCUGUGGUUGAGAAAUACCCCUCUUUGCCAAAAGCAACUGAAUACCUUUUAAAU